GCAGGAGGCAGCCAAUCAAUGUUUCUCUCUCAUCAUUGAUGUUUCUAGCUCUCUCUCCCUCUCCCUUCCUCUCUGAAAUCAAUAAAAUAUAUAUAUUUUUUUAAACAAAGAAAGCUAUGCCAGAGCGUGUCUUACCAUCUAAAACCCAAAAACGCUUUCUUAUAAAAAUUUUUUUCACCAUUUUAUUAGCUUUCUGAUGCCUUUAACAACAUGCUCUUACAUUUCACCCAUUUUUUCUUAGUUAUUCUUAGUGAGAGCAUUGGUUAGCAUGUGUCUACCUGGUCUGCCAUGAUCAGAAUUAAAGUUCCUUAGGUGAUGACUUCCUCAGGCACUAAGCGGAUGCUGUGGAAUUAAAAGUAGGAUCUGGUCCCAGAUCCCGGAUUCUGGGGUCAGGAACGUGCUUACACCGGAGGAGGUCCGGGCUCCUCGGGGCUCUGGCUCCAGUGGGGACAGUGCGGACGGAGCGCCCGAGGCCCUUUCUGUAGGCUUACUCAUGACUUUCCAUUCCCUGGGCCUUGGACGGCUGGCCUGCUCUCAGGUGUAAGAGUCUGAGGACCACGGAGACGGCCAUGUGGUCCAGCCAAGCCCUUUACUUAUUUGGUCAGUGUCUGGCGGGAAUGCUGGGGUGAAGGUGUGGCUGAGUGAGUGUGCUUAUAACACAUGUGGACAUCCAAACCCCUCCCCCCAUCGCUCUGUCUCAAUGGCCUCAUUUUAACAGAUCUGUUUGUAUCAAUAUCCCAUCUCCUAAUCUCCUCCAAAUUCUCUUUGACCUUCCCCAGCCCACCCAGACAGGCUGGUUUUCCCGCCCCAUUGGCGAUGCCGUGCAACUCUCCUGCCCCAAAUGACCACAGGGUCAGCCCCUUCUCUUCCCUGCCACGCUGGCUGCUCUGCGAGGGCAGGGGCACCGUCCUGUGCAACAGCUCCCACCCCAAACCAGGCAGGAGGCCUGGGAGGGAGGGACCGGGCAGGAGGUGCUGGGAGGGACCAGGCAAUGUAUUUUUCUUCUUGCCUUUCAAUUGUGUUUCUACGGAGCAAUACUGUGGAGAGCUUCUAGUGACUGAAAACCUGGGAAACAUGAAUAAAGAAUGACCAGUUUGUUGCGCCAAGUUCUCCAGGCUGCUUCCUCUUGCCCAGCACCCCUGUCUCCGGAUGGACCUGUGGUGAGACCUUCGGGCACGGCUUUCUGCUUAGGGCCCGGCCACACCCCGACAGCGGUGAGGUCUUUUGACUGGAAGGUACAGCUGUGCUCAAACCCAAGCCCUCGUGUGCUGUUCACUUGGAAGAAUGAUUCUAGGCUGCAUCAUUCGCAUCGGAAUGCCAGUGACUACAAUAGGCUCAAUUUUAGCAUCAAGGAGUUAAGGCUCCUCCUCAAGGCCGCUCAGCCCGACGACAGCGGCACCUACUCCUUGGAGGUCACCCUUGAGAACAGCACCGUCAGGACCCACCGCUUCCACGUGUCCGUGUUGGACCCUGUGGGGAAGCCCGAGCUGCAGCUGCUGGAGCAGACGGCGGCCCUGGGCAGUGGGAAGUGCCGAGUGACCCUGAACUGCUCGGCCUCCGGAGGUGGUGAUGUGACCUACACCUGGUACCGAGGGGGCGAGUGGAUCCCGACGCCCAGGAGCCCCUUCCGACUGGAGGAGCAGAUCGAUGCCAACGGCUGGCACAUAUACACCUGCAACGUCAGCAACCCCGUCAGCUGGGCGCACCAGAGCCUCCAGCUCGGCCAGGGCUGUGGGAGCGCCCCCCAGAAGCUCGGCCUCCUGCCCCUCUUGACGAUCAUCGUGGUUCUCAAACUCACGCUGCUUGGCACCCUCACCGGCGUCUGUGUGUGGAGAAGGGGGAGGAAGCCGGCAGAGCCCGGCCCAGAGGAAUCGCUGACAGUUUAUGAAGAUGUCAACCGCCUGCCAGGCAGGAGCGGCCAGGUGUGGCCCCGAGGGCUGGGGUUCCCUCCUUCCCUCUGGAAGUGCCCUGGGAGGAUGGCCCUGCUGAGCAGGGGCCAGAGAGCCCGCUGCCGCCUCAGAGUGGCCUCAGGCCCCAUCUCUGCCCCCCUCAGCAUCCUAGCUCUGGCCCUGGGUGGAGAGAAAACUGGGUGAGACGAUGAAAUGAGGCCGAAGGGCAUUUGGGUGCAGAACGGAACCUGCUGAGCCAGGAUGGGGACCCAG